AUGUAUGUCUACUGUGGCAAGAUCACCUGGCUCCAGCAGGCGGAGAACGAGUGUAUCACCUUUGUCUUUCCUGCCGGUCUCGCGCUGAAGGAUCCCGUCUGCGCGUAUUGGCAGUGGUCCGAUCAAGCAAAGACGAAUAACCAUCAGUAUGGCACCAUCAACACCGUCGACAAAACCGAUGUCGCGUACAAGAUCAGCUUCGUUUGUACUGAUUACCUAUUCGACGCCGAGUUCACGUCCAACCUCCGGUCUAUGACGAUCAAGAUGUACACUGCGUCCCAGCCGGUGCCCUCGGUCUCGACAUUGACGCUGUAUACGACGAGUCUCACUCUCGUUCCAUCUACCAAGGUCUAUACCGGCAAGUUUAACUGGUGGACCCACGCGACAAACGAAAUGAUGACGCUGGUACUCCCGAACGGCAUCUCUGCUGGCGCGCCCGUGGGUCUCUACUUUCAAUUCACGGUUAACUGGAAAAACCUUCCCAAAACACUCUACUGCGUCAACUCGACUUUUCACACCGUCCAAAUUUCCGCUGGCCAGAUCAAGGCCUCCUUCAACAGCGCCUACUACAUGUUCGACGCCAUCAUCUACCCCGGAACCAAGAACGCCAAGGUCACCAUGCGCGAGAAUCAGAUGGAUAGGUCCUUCGACCUCGUGCAGAACGACUGGAGGCAGGCUCACCGCAAGAAGGCUCUGAUCGUUCGCUACGGGACGGGAACCGACAACGGCAUUUCCCUCCUUCGCGAGACACUCACGACGGACCUAGGCUUUGACGCCGGGGACGUCGAGAUGCUGUACUACAACUCCGAGCCGGCGAACGCGUCCGCGGUGGUGUCGGAUAGGCAGGAGGCGCCCACCGCCGCGCGCUUCAAGUCGAAGCUGACUAGCUUCCUCUCGAGCGCAGGCGCGGACGACGUGCGCCUCCUGUACCUGGACACCCGUGGGGCCGUCAAUCCCGACGGAGGCAGUACCAACUCAGCGGACGAGGAAACGGGGCUAGUCUUAGCCGCGAAUGAACAGGGGACGGAGACAGAGAUUGUCUACAGCGACUGGCUGGCAACUACUAUCCGCGAGAACCUAACGGGCGGUGUCAAUCUCACUAUCCUCACAUCGUCUUGCUUGGGCCGAGAGAUGAUGAGCACGACCACCGCGACAGGUGGAAUCCUGCUAUCGGCGUGUCAUGAGACGCAAUCCAACAUCAAAGCCCUGCAGGUCGGCAGCAACAAAGUCGAUCCUUGGAUGUACGCCAUCGUUGCUGUCAUCAAGAAGCAACUCAAGGAAAAACGCGGCGUACCCACUUACUCCUCCUUGUUCAACAGCGCCAAGAAGUUCAUCAAGUCGCAGCUCGGCCAACCCUCCCUCGACGCUGAUAAAUAUAAGGGCCCCAGCACCAACGAACUCAGCCCGACGAAGAGGGACCUUGGCACGAGCCACCAGGAUCCUCAGCUCAUUUUCAUCGACGGCUACGUGAAUCCGCACGAAGAGAGGUUUCUGUUCCCUUUCGUAGCGCCGCGUGGCGGACACGCUGGCGAAGGGGUUGUGCGUUUCCCUCGAGACGAGUACCCGACCCACUGGAUAUUGUAA